CGAUUUCUUAGCAACACAUUGAAAAUGUAAGAAACACACAUACGAAAAAUAAUUUUGGUAAAAUAUAAAGUACACAAAAAAAAAUAAUUUAGAGAAAAUAAUUGCAAAAAAAUACACAUUCACAAAAUUGCCUGUAAAUAAAUUGGAAGUUUCAUAAAUAGUUUGAAAAUGCGCGAAAUUAUUACUAUCCAAAUAGGAGCCAGCGGGAAUUCUAUAGGAGAUGCUUUUUUAUCACCAGUUCUGGCAUGUGAUCUCUCACGAGCAUGGAGUAGACUAUGCAUCUGGACGCUUCCAGGGCACUAGCGCUUUACAAUUGGAACGCAUCAAUGUGUUUUUUAAUGCCACCGCGAGUAAACGAUUCUAUGCACGUGCUAUUUGUGUGGAUACUGAGGCGACUACUAUUGAAAACCUACACAAGCGCUCCUCACUGUACAGACCGGAAAAUUUCGUAGCUGGCACUGACAGCGCAGGAAACAACUUUGCUCGAGGUUAUCACACGGACGGUGCGGAAAUUCUGGACGCAGUCUUAAACUCAAUACGGCGUGAAGCAGAAUCUGUGGACUCAUUACAAGGAUUCCAAAUCCUACACUCUAUAGGGGGUGGCACUGGUUCCGGUUUAACAGCUCUUGUCAUGAAUGCACUUGUGGAUGAAUAUCCCGAUAAUCUUAUCUCGAAUUAUGUCUCUAUACCUUCACCUCAAAUGUCUCAAGUAGUGGUUGAACCUUAUAAUGCUUUGCUGAGUAUGCCGUCGUUAAUACAUAAUUCCCAUUUAACAUUCUGCCUCGACAAUGAGGCGCUUUUCCAAAUAGUUUCGCGGAAUUUGAAAAUGGCCGUCAGCGGUUAUGAACACAUCAAUCAUAUUGUGGCACUUACCAUGUCAGGCAUAACCACCUGCUUGCGGUUCCCAGGUCAACUUAACGCUGGUCUUCGUAAGCUCUACGUCAACAUGGUACCAUUUCCACAAUUACAUUUCCUCAUACCUGGUUUUGCACCACUCGUUAGUUGCAAGCAAAAAGAGUUUUCCCAGGGUACUGUCGCCGAGUUGGUACAACAAAUCUUUUCAUCCAACAACUUAUUAUGUGCUGUUGAUUUGCGUCAUGGAAAGCUUUUAACUGCAGCUGGUAUUUUCCGUGGUCGCAUGUCUCCACGUGAGGUGGAUCAAUUAAUGACAAAUGUACGUAACAAGAAUUUGAGUAGCUUCGUAGAAUGGAUACCCAAUAACAUAAAGACCGCUAUAUGUGAUAUACCACCAAGAGGACUUAAGAUGUCAGCAACUUUCAUCGGCAACACUUCAGCAAUAUAUAAGCUCUUGCAACGUAUUUUGGAUGGCAGCGGUAUAAUGUUAAGGCGCAAAGCCCAUUUACAUUGGUAUACGGGGGAGGGUAUGGAAGAGCAAGAGUUCAUAGAUGCGCAACACGAUCUGCAAGAUACGCUCGAUUUAUAUAAACAGAGUGGCGAAGACAUUCCGGAAGGUGAAACCGUAGAGGCCAAUUCUUGUGCACAAUGCAAUGACACUAAUGACCUUAAGUGA